AUGUCGACCUACUCUCAGGACCGACCUCCGUUAGGAGGCAGUGGGUAUGACAACAACUCCACCCCUCACUACUCUCGAUCCGCACCUUCCAGUGGUCCGAGCGGUACACCAACUGGCCCAUCUCCAGAUCGUUACGCUCAAGUAACAUCCGUAGCAACUCCAGCUCACGGCAAGGCGCGGCCCGUUCCUCAGUCCCCAUUCCCAUCUACUGGCGAAUCUACUUCGUCGUAUGCCCAACCUCAUCCCCAACCACCUAUCACUCCCCUCAGCGCAUCUCACUAUCCUUCUCAACCACCGCCGUCUAGCGGCAGCGGAUCAUUCUUCGGUGUAGCUCAGACACCGACCGACCAGGCCAUUCCCUCACCCCCGCCGACCACCACAAGUCGUCCAGGUAGUUCUAACGCCAACUUCACACCGGACGGUGUACCCAUCGUACCUGUGGGCGUCAGCGGAGGCAAAAUGUUCAGGUGUAGAGGGUAUGGCGAAUGUGACAAGGUCUUCACCCGGAGUGAACAUCUUGCAAGGCAUGUUCGUAAACACACUGGUGAAAGACCUUUCCCAUGUCAUUGUGGCAAAGCUUUCUCUCGUCUCGACAAUCUCCGUCAACAUGCCGCUACUGUUCACGCCGAUCAGACACCACUGAACGACGCCAUGCUCAGCUCAUUGGCACCCGUUCACGCGGCCCUGUCUCAACGGGCAAAUCGUGAACAGCGAAAACGUGGCGAGGUGGUCGAAGUGCCCAAAGGUGCCGUGGAGAGACGACACAGCGAAGUGUCUCGUAAAGGCUCGCCAGUCGCUGGGCAGGUCCAUGUGCCUGCGGCUUACGAUGCCUACGGACAGACUGGUCCAGUAGGUCCAGACUGGCACGUCCCUCUCCCGCAAGCAAGUCGACCACGUACAGGAGGUGCUUUCGAUUACUACCAGAGCGCUCCGGACGAUGCACCAAGUCAAGGCGCUGCGCCUCAUGGGGACGAUGCUGGCCCUAGUCGUCGUCCAAUGUCGUCUGCCAGCUCGUAUGCCGGUUACCCUUCAGUCUACUACGACAACAGUAAUAUGCGCCCGCCGACAUCCACCGCAACGACGCCGCAACCCAAUGCGCAUGAGCUCAGUCAGCUACCUUAUCCGUAUCGUCCAAUGUCAUCAAAUGGCCGAGAUCUGCCGGUCCCAGCCCACUAUGCUGGGUCUGAACCUCCUCAGUCCGCUCACAGUACACUCAGUACUCAUCCGCCGCCUUCGCCCAUGUAUGCGCCUCCUCAUGCGACACCGGCAGCUGCUGCACCGUCUUCGCAUUGGUCGUCACCAUCGAGUCAUACUGCCUACCCUGGUUCUGAGCCAUAUCACGCUCACCCGGGAGCGAGCCACGAGGCUUAUGCAUACCCACCGCCACCCGCACAAGAGGCCGCCGGAUCUCAUGGGCCACCUUAUGGAGCUCCACCUCCCCCUCCAUCGGGCGCAUACGGAUACUCGAACCAAGCGACAUAUUACCCUCCGCAGCAGUAUGGAUCAUUGCCACCGCCACCUCCUCAGUUCGGGACACCUGGAUCUUAUCCUCCUCCGCCUCCGGGAUAUCCUCAUCCUCACCCUCACUCUCUCCCUCCACCUUCGAGUCUGGCUCAUCCGACUCCACCAGCACCUGCUGCUCAUCAUCAUCAAGCCUCUCUUCACACGCCCGGCGCGCCACCACCUGAUUCUCCCUUUGCCUAUCAGCCGUCUCCUCAGCAAUUCAGCUAUGGACAGGGAGGAUUCUACGAUGCGGCCCGUAAGCGUCGGAUGGACGAGGAGGCCAGCAGUGCUCGCAAAUACCCUCGUAUGGACAGCAGUCACACCGGUGUUUCAUCGGCGAAUGAGAGCCUAAAUGUGGCCUUUUCAUCCGACAAGGAUCAAGAUAGUUUGUGGUUGCCUCCAGUGACCGAGCGACGAUCAUCGUUGGCCAUUUCGGCGCUUCUUGGAUCGCCUCAACAGGUGCCCAGGUCGAGACCUGGGACAGCAGAUCUGAACGUAUCGUCACACUUUGAUACGUACAAAUUCCCAAGUGACAGCAAAACCUCUGGACCAAGCGUUCCCUCCACGCCGUUGAUCAAUGCUCGACCGGCAAUCAAGGAAGAAGUCAAGCAGGAGCCUAUUGCAACAGCGGGUGCAGCUUAG